AUGGCGAUGGAGAGGGAGCCCGUGGUGGGGUUGAAUGCGCUUGCGUCUGGGAUGGCUGCGGUUUCCCAGUGGCUGGCAAAGGCCCUGACGGAGACCUCUGAGAUGGCGGAGGGCCGGGAGUUGGUGUUGGCAGAGGCCGAACAGCUCUUCCAGCGGCUCAGUCUCUUCAGGCCAUCUGUAGUUUCUCGAGACGAAUGGCUGCACUAUUGGAUGUUAGACUCCUCCGCACCCAGUCACUACGCACUCACCAUCCUCCAGGAUGAGUUGCGGAAGCUGGUGCGGAAAGAGGCACCCAAGGCAUGUGCACCCGCGGCUUGCAUUUCGGAGGUGGUUGACCUGAUGCUUCAGCUCUUCCUGCAAGCUGAUGCCGAUGCCGAUGGGGAGAUCAGCAACCAGGAUAUGGCGCGAUGUUGCAAGAAGUGUUGCCAGAACAGUUGGGACAUGCCGCUUGAAGGUGCAAAGAAGUGGUUGGCUAGAGGCCGGAAGACCGAGGAUGGGACGCUGAACUACUUCGAGUUUGUCAGCGAGCUGAUCGGACGCCAGCAGCAUGAUGCCCGCGCGCCCCAGAACACCAAGUGGCUCCAAUCUGCCCUACCAAAACUCAUCAGUUUCAGGCCUUGGCGGGUCGAGGAGCGCCCCGUACUGCGGCCCUUGGAUGGACCACUGGGAUGGCGUUUGGGCAUGGCCAAUGCGGAGCACAACAGGCGCUACCUCCAGGCCGUGGAGGACUUGGUGGGCGAUCCUCUUCACAAGGCCAAUGCCCUGCUCAACACGGAGUCUGGCAAGGCCUGCUACAAUUCCACUUGCUCCAAUUCUCUUGGAGGCGGUGCCUGUGACUACGACAAGGUUUUCCAAGCCGUUGCCAAGGCCAUCAGAAUCAUCUCAGUUGCUCAGGGCAGGAUGAAGCGCGAGUUUCAUGAGGUCUGUGAGCAAAGCUUCGGGAGCUUUCCGCGCAGCCUUUUGUUGGGCAUGGACUCCCCAGUUCAAACAGCCAGGAGUGCCUUGGGUGUAGUGGUGAUGCGCUUGAAGCACUUGCGGGAGCAGCUGCAGACCGGUGUUCCUCCGUGCAUGCAAGCCAUGGAGGAGGUGCUGUACGCCAACGUGGACCUGUCCCGCUUUGGGCUGGAGGUCAUAUCGCUGCUGGACCAUCAGCUGACAAUUGAAUCAUGUGGUGCCGGGGAGUUGAAGCUGCCGAAAUCAGUGCGGCAUCGCGUGGAUCUAGGAUUUCACCACAACGACAUCGUGGUCUCCUUGCUGCAGCGGUUCCCGGCAGGGCGUCCGGAGCUGCUGAUGGUGGAGGUGGGCACGGCAGCAGCGGAUUUCACCGUGCACGUCUUGAAGGCCCUGGUGCAGGUGCAGGUCAUCACCAUAGACCCUUGGCUCAAUGACUUCAACAAGACCGACGGGCCAGGUCCUGGUCGCUUGGUGUCGACCUUGGCGCGCCAAGCGCUGGAGCCUUGGGGCUCCCGGGUGACGCUGCUGCAGAUGACCGGGGAGGACGCAGCGAAACUGCUGCCCGACGCAAAGUACGAUUUGGUCUUCAUUGAUUCCGGUCUGCAUCGGGAAGGCGAUGUGAGAUCCUUCCUGCCUAAGGUGCGGCCAGGUGGCGUCCUUUGUGGCCAUGACUUUUACAAGACCCCCGCCUACACCAGGGCUAUACUCGCCAGUGUUCCGGAGGGAAAGGCCUUGUAUUUGGGUCCUGAUUGGAUGUGGUGGUUCGAGGUGUAA